AUGGUGGCCUCGAACCGCAGCCUCGCAGCGUCUGUGCGGCUCGCAUCAGCCUCAUCAUCAGCAUCCUCCUCUUCUUCCAUUGCAAGGACGCGGAAGCUCGCACGCUCCUACGCUACCAAGCCUCCUUCCUCUUCGUCGCCUCCUACCUCGUCUGCUCCUCAACCUCCGCCAGCUUCCACUGCCUACGAAAAGCAGCGGAGAUCAGAGUGGCUUGUAGUCGGCGUAUCCGGUUCCGUAGCAGCAGCAGGGGCAUACUAUUGGUACCAAAGGCGCAACAGGCCUGCCGAAGCCACGAUUCCGCCCUUGCCAGAACAGCCUGUGACCAGAUUCGCAAUUCCAGUCAGAGGUCCUACAGGGGAGAGGAUGCAAAAGAUUGUCACUGCACUGUCUCCCGCGGAAGCGGACAGAAAGCUCAAGGAUCAGGAGAGGUCCAUAUUGGUGGCAGACGAGAUUCCAGGUAAUCAUAGCUUGGUGUAUCGCUAUGACACCAACAGUGUUGGCAGCAAUGAUCCCAUCGAAGAUAGAAGAGCAGAAGCUGUCGUGGAUAGUAACAGAGGGGCAGUGGAGGGAAGCUCGGGGCAGAAAACGUCAUCAUCAUCUGCCGCGAUCUCUGCCACACCAGCGAGGGGGGAUCUGGCGUUCUUUGCCGUCAUGGACGGUCACUCGGGGUUCCAUACAUCGACGUACCUUUCCCAAAAACUGAUUGCUUUCGUCGCCCUCGAGCUGGACAAAGUCUUCCGAGAGACUGGGGAGUACGGAAAGAUCGCAGAAGCAAAGGGUGCCAUGCCUUCCAAGCUGUGGAGAGCUCUAGGCUACGGCAGCGAUUCCACUGGCUCUUCAGGCUUGGACGGAGAUCCUGCCAUCAUUCGCCGUGCCAUCACAAAGGCAUUCGUGGGGCUGGACAAGGAGAUCUGCAACACACCAUUAGAGCUGCUGAAGGAGUACGAGCUCUCGAGGGCUGCUGGCGCAACUACGUCUGCCUCUGGCAGCGGCUCAGAGAGCAGCCAUUCCCUCUCCGCUCUAGCGCACAGUAUCUUCCCAACUCCCGGCUCAUCGCAAGCUCAGUCUCCCCUCACCGCAACACCCAAAUCAGCAUAUGAGUUGAUGCUACCUGCCCUGUCGGGUAGUUGUGCCCUCUUCACAUACAUCGACAGUCUGCGAAACGACAUCUACGUCGCUUGCACGGGCGACAGUAGAGCCAUUGCCGGCUGGUUCAACCCGAAGGAUGGAAAGUGGACCGUGGAGGCGCUGUCGAUUGACCAGACCGGCAGGAACUUGUCAGAGGUCAAGAGGAUGCAAGGCGACCAUCCACACUCAGAAGCUGACAAUGUCAUCAUGAGAGGUCGAGUCUUGGGCAGCCUCGAGCCGACGAGGGCGUUCGGAGAUGCGAGAUACAAGUGGACAAAAAAUACGCAGGAGAGGCUCUACAAAGCCUUCCUACCGCCGGGCAAUCCUUCUGCGCGGCCACCACCCAGGAAUCUCCUCACACCUCCCUAUGUGACUGCUCGACCUGAAGUGGAGUGGCGACGUCUUCCGGUCGCACAGGGCGAGAAGCAGCUCAAAUUCGUCGUCAUGGCCACAGAUGGACUUUGGGAUAUGCUCAGCAACGAGGAAGUUGGUACCCUCGUGGCUGGCCAUCUCGCCGAGUUGAAGGGUGCGAUUGGAGCUUCAGAGCUUGAGAGUCGCUUUCUCGCAUCCUCGUCGGUGAUCAGUGGAGCUGCGAGCGGCAUCGGAUCCAUUGCCUCUUCCGUCGGAGCAGCCGUCUCCUCUGCCGUCACCAGCUCCAGCUCCUCCACUCCAGCCUCACCAGCACAGCAGUCCAACCCACCUCCCAAGGCACAGCAACAGCGGCACCAAGGCCAUCAUCCGCUGAGCAGAUCCGCCGAGAAUCACUUUGUCUUCCAAGACUCUAAUCUGGCUACCCACCUUGUGCGCAACGCCCUUGGUGGGGCGGAUCAAAAUCGGGUGGGUGGGCUACUGGCAAUUCCUGCGCCUGAUGCGAGGAGGUUCAGGGAUGAUAUCACUGUCAAGUGA